GUCAACCCGUUCUACAAGUCGCCGCCGCGAGCGCCGGUCGACAAGGAGUACGAGGCGCGCGUGUCGGGCGAGCGCUUCUCGGCGAGGGCGCAGUACUACGCCGAGUACUGGGGCUACAAGUGCGAGGACGUCGACGUCGAGACCGAGGACGGCUUCAUCAUCCGCCUCCACCACCUCACGUCGCCCAAGCACGAGAAGCCCGGGUACCCCGUCAUCCUCCAGCACGGCAUCCUGUCGAACUCGGUCACGUUCAUGGUCAACGAGGAGCGCUCGCUCGCGUUCUGGCUCCUCGAGCAAGGUUACGACGUCUGGUUGUCCAACAUCCGCACGAACUUCAAGUGCGGCCACCGGACUUACACCAAGAGCGAUCCUCGGUUCUGGGCUUGGGGCGUCAAGGAGAUCGCCAUGUACGACCUGCCGGCGAUCGUCGAGCACGUCGGCAAGAAGACGGGCCUGAAGCCCGCCUACAUCGGCCAUUCGCAAGGGUGCGGCUCGAUGUUCAUGACGCUCUCGCGCGGCGUCCGACCCGACCUCGGCAACAAGCUCGCGUGCUUCAUCUCGCUCGCGCCCGCCGUGUACGCCGGCCCAGGCCUGCGUCAGUUCCCGUUCUCGCUCAUGCGCAAGUUCGCCAAGUCGCGCAAGGUCUGGCGCCUCGUCUUUGGCGUGCGCGAGUUCAUUCCCAUCAUGAGCCUGUGUCAGCAAUGGCUGCCGUCCUGGCUGUUCGGCCACCUCGCCGCACCCGUCUUCUCGUUCGUCUUCUCGUUCCACGACCACAACUGGCGACGCCAAAUCCCCAAGUUCUUCCGGACCGUCGCCGUCGCCAACAGCUCUGAGCAGCUCCUCUACAUGGGCGUCUUGAGCGUCAAGAACUGCGCGUUCGACACGACGACGACCGAGCCGUGGUUCCCUCCGUCGAUGCCGCCGAUCGCCAUCUUCUACGGCACGCUCGACACGCUCGUCCUCGGCAAGCCCCUCGUCGAGCGCAUUAGGGCACACGAGCCGCACGUGCGCCUCGUCAAGGCCGUCGCGCUCGAGAACUACGAGCACCAGGACCCACUGUGGGCUCACACGGCGGUCCGCGAGUGCUACCCGGGCAUCCUCGAGGUCCUUCAGGCGACGCAGAAC